AUGACACAAGCUACGGCAGACGACAUAGAGACCUUUUCGCUCCAGGAUCACGCCUUCCAAGAACCCCGCAAGCGCGUUGUCUCGCCAGCGUCGCUGAACAGGUUCGAGAACUCAGCGGCGUUUGCCGAGAUUCUCGCCUUCAUUCGGGUCUGCAACACGAGCGUGGUGGGCAAGACCCUCACCGAUGACAUUCCCCAAUCGCCAGCAUGCCAGGCCGUUCUGAAGGUUCUCGACGAGAUCGCUGCCCUCCGCAAAUCCACACCGCCAGACGCCUCCAUCGGCUCCUCCCGCUUCGGCAAUCCCGCCUUUCGCACGUUUUACGACAAGAUACGUGAGAACAACGAUCGCUUGCAUCGCAUGAUCCCAGGUCUCGCGGACGAUUCCGAAGCUUCUCGCUCAGCACGCGCCGAGCUGGCCGUAUACUUCCAAGAGAGCUGGGGGAAUGCCAAAAGAAUCGAUUACGGAAGCGGCAUGGAGCUCAACAUGGCCUGUUGGAUACUCUGCCUAUGCAAAUUGCGCAUUCUACGUCUGCCCGAGGAUGGUCCAGCCAUCGUGUUGCGCAUCUUUUGGGCCUACAUCCAGGUGAUGCGCGACAUUCAGUCCUCCUACUGGCUCGAGCCAGCUGGCAGUCAUGGCGUGUGGGGCCUCGACGACUACCACUUUCUCCCGUUCCUCUGGGGAGCGGGUCAGCUUAGCAACCAUCGCCAUCUCCGACCCAAGGCGAUCCACGACCCAGAGAUUGUCGACGAAUUCGCGCCCAAGUACAUGUACCUGGCCUGCAUCCAGUUCAUCAACUCGGUCAAGACCGCCUCGCUACGCUGGCACUCGCCCAUGCUCGACGACAUCUCGGGCGCCAAGUCGUGGAGCAAGGUCAACGAAGGCAUGAUCAAGAUGUACCGCGCCGAAGUGCUCAAGAAGCUUCCCAUCGCGCAGCACAUCUUUUUCGGAAGCUUGCUCUGUUUCCCAGAACCCACAGAAGGAGAGCUGGAAGACGAAGACGCCGAAGAGGAUGCGCACGGUCACAUUCAUCCCGCAGGUCAGCCCCAUGCUCACGGUACCGGCGAGGGGCAGGCUGCAGGCUGGGGUGACUGCUGCGGAAUUCCCAUCCCGAGCGCUUUCGCAGCGGCCGAAGAAGAGAAGAAGCGCCAACAAGGUUUCAGCUCAACAUUGCGUGGGGAGAAGCCAUUCGGCGGAUCCGGCAUCCGUCGGAUCCCCUUUGAUUAG